CUCGGCUGCUGGCGCCCCGCGCCCCUGCCCGCGCCCGCUGCCGCCGCCGCCGCCCGGCCGGAGCAUGGAGACGGCGGAGAAGGAGUGCGGCGCCCUGGGCGGGCUCUUCCAGGCCAUCGUCAACGACAUGAAGAGCUCCUACCCCAUCUGGGAGGACUUCAACUCCAAGGCCACGAAGCUGCAUUCCCAGCUGAGGACCACUGUGCUGGCUGCUGUGGCCUUCUUGGAUGCCUUCCAGAAAGUGGCAGACAUGGCCACCAACACCCGAGGGGCCACCCGGGAUAUUGGCUCGGCGCUCACGCGCAUGUGCAUGCGCCACCGCAGCAUCGAGACCAAGCUGCGGCAGUUCACCAACGCGCUGCUGGAGAGCCUCAUCAACCCGCUGCAGGAGCGCAUCGAGGACUGGAAAAAGUCGGCCAACCAGCUGGACAAGGACCACGCAAAAGAGUACAAGCGAGCCCGGCAUGAGAUCAAGAAAAAGUCUUCAGACACGCUGAAGCUGCAGAAGAAAGCGCGCAAAGAGCUACUUGGGAAAGGAGACCUGCAGCCUCAGCUGGACAGCGCCCUGCAGGACGUCAACGACAUGUACCUGCUGCUGGAGGAGACAGAGAAGCAGGCGGUGCGCCGGGCCCUGAUCGAGGAGCGUGGGCGCUUUUGCACCUUCAUCACGUUCCUGCAGCCUGUGGUGAACGGCGAGCUGACCAUGCUGGGAGAGAUCACGCACCUGCAGGGCAUCAUCGACGACUUGGUGGUGCUGACGGCCGAACCCCACAAGCUGCCCCCCGCCAGCGAGCAGGUGAUCAAAGACCUGAAGGGCUCGGACUAUAGCUGGUCCUACCAGACGCCCCCAUCGUCGCCCGGCGGCUCUGGCUCACGGAAGUCCAGCAUGUGCAGUGCCCCCAGCAGCAGUAGCGGUGCCAAGGGUGGCGGAGCCCCGUGGCCUGGGGGUGCCCAAACAUACUCACCCAGUUCCACCUGUCGCUACCGCAGCCUGGCCCAGCCAGCCACCGCAGCCGCCCGCCUCUCCAGCGUCUCGUCCCACGACUCUGGCUUCGUCUCCCAGGACGCCACGUACUCCAAGCCCCCCUCACCCAUGCCUUCCGACAUCACCAGCCAGAAGUCCUCCAGCUCUGCGUCCUCAGAGGCCUCGGAAACCUGCCAGUCCGUUAGCGAGUGCAGCUCCCCCACCUCGGACUGGACCAAGGCGGGCCCCCACGAGCAGCCCUCGGGCACCAGCCUGCAGCGGAGAAAGGACCGAGCGGAGCACCCCCGAGACACAGAACCAGGCCUGGCCAGCGGGGGUGCCCUGGGCCCCAGCAGCGAGGAGGCACCGCGACCCCGCAUGUCCCCUGCCACCAUCGCAGCCAAGCACGGCGAGGAGGUGUCCCCCGCCGCCAGUGACCUGGCCAUGGUGCUGACCCGCGGCCUGAGCCUGGAGCACCAGAAGAGCAGUCGGGACUCGCUGCAGUACUCCAGCGGCUACAGCACGCAGACCACCACGCCCUCGUGCUCCGAGGACACCAUCCCGUCCCAAGGCUCCGACUACGACUGCUACUCCGUGAACGGGGACGCAGAUGGCGAGGGCCCGGCCGAGUUCGACAAGUCAUCCACCAUCCCCCGCAACAGCAACAUCGCCCAGAACUACCGCCGCCUGAUCCAGACCAAGCGGCCGGCCUCCACCGCGGGGCUGCCCAGCGCCUCGGGCGCGCCCCCCGGCGUAGCCACCAUCCGCCGCACGCCGUCCACGAAGCCCGCCGUGCGCCGCGCGCUCUCCAGCGCCGGCCCCAUCCCCAUCCGGCCGCCCAUCGUCCCGGUGAAGACGCCCACCGUGCCCGACUCCCCCGGCUACGCGGGGCCCACGCGGGCGGGCAGCGAGGAGUGCGUCUUCUACAGCGACGAGGCUGCCUCGCCCCUGGCCGCGGACCUGGCCAAGGCCUCCCCAAAGCGGCUGAGCCUGCCCAACACGGCGUGGGCCAGCCCGGCCCCCGAGGCGGCGGGCUACGCCGGGCUGGCGGCGGACGACGACGACGAGCAGCAGCAGCUGGCCGCCAACCGCCACAGCCUGGUGGAGAAGCUCGGCGAGCUGGUGGCGGGCGCCCACGCCCUGGGCGAGGGCCAGUUCCCCUUCCCCACGGCCCUGGCCGCCACCGCCGCCCCUACUGAGACGCCCAGCCCACCCCCUGCCGCCUCCGGCGACCCCCCGGCCGAAGACAUGCUGGUGGCCAUCCGCCGCGGGGUGCGGCUCCGCAGGACCGUCACCAACGACAGGUCGGCGCCCCGCAUCUUGUGAUGGCGCCGCCCUCCCGCCCUCCGGCCCCGUGUGACGCAGGUGGCCGGACCAGUGACCCACGGCCGCUCAGAGCGAAGGCACAGCGAGGAGACAGCAGAGCCAGGCAAGCCUUUGGUUUUCUGUUUUUUAAGUCACGUGUGAUGGAAAGACACUCAUCUUGGAUUUCAGCAUUUACAUGGGAAGUGACUUCUUUAACCAAGCCCGCCAGCUCGGAGCCUGCAGGCCUUGAACUGGAUCUGGAGCCUGUUUUAUGUUUCCUGCCUGUUCUGCCCCUCCUCUUCCUCUUCCUCAGGCCCUGCCUCUCCCCUCCCCCCCCCCCGCCCCCACCCACUGGGGGAGCCCUGCUCUGGGCCUGCCCUGCCUGCGGCCUCUCCUGGAGACCAGGCCCCUCUCCCUCCUUCCCCUUUCUCUCCCCUUCCCGAGUUCUGGCAGGGAGGCAUGUUGUCUGCGGAGGGGCCCAGCGCCCAGUCGGCUGAGGUGUGAGCUUUGACUGAAAAGCUCCACGGGAUGGCGGGGAGCAGGUUGAGGUUGGGAGGCCCAGCCUCCUGUGGAGGGAAGAGGCGCGCAGCCCCAGGGCCCUGUGUUGAGUCUUGGGGACGUGUUUGGAGAAGACCGUGGCGCCUAAGGUGGCUUCAGGACCUAGUGUGACUGCGGGGGAGGGGCAGGCCACAGGGUCCUCUGGCCGGGCCCCCCAGGAGCUGCUUUCGGAUGUGUGGCCCUCACAUGGGCACGUUGAGAAUUUAACUCUGGUGGCACUUUGGUCACGGUUUCGGCCACCUUUGGGCAUAGGGGCUGGAGCUGGGUAGAGGGUGUGGGGGUUAUUUUAUGAAUAUAAUAGCGAAAGAGCUGACUAGACAGGACUGUGGGGUGGGGACAGGGUGGACCAUACAGGGUGUCCAAGAGUGCCUGAGGGACAGGGGUCCUCACAGUGGCCCGGUGGGCCCAUGGCAGGAGGAGGAGGGCCAAAUUGCUUCCUCAAAGCCAGCGGGCAGCUGUUUUUUUCCUCCAGUUUCUGGAGCAAAGCCAAAAUAAGGUUGGAGAAGGCCGGGUGUUGGGGGUUGGCCAGCACAUCUGCUUGGAUGGGGCUGGGGUGUAGCCCAGGGAGCUUGGCUUUGACUCUCUGUCGCCAGAGGAGAUGCCAACCCAGUGCGGUCCCCCCGGAGUCCAGUCCUGUGCUGGUGGUGGGUGCGGGGUGAGGGGUUCCCUCCCCUCCACGUGCUGAGUCCCGCCAACUCGAAGCAGGUAGAAGCAGGUGCAUCAGGGCGAGUGGAGGGCUUCCUGGUGUCCCGCCGGCUGGCAGUGAGGGUGGCCGGGCUUGGAGGGCGCGGGACCACAGGGCAGGGGGCCUCCUGGGGUCGGGAGAGCAGGGAUUGGGGCUGAGGCUCAGCACCAGGCUGGAGCUACUGGUAGUUCUUGUGCAGGGAACCGGGGCCCAAGCAAGGUGGCCAGGCAGGUCUGGGGGCACCAAGGUGGCCCCUGGGUGCCUGGAGCCCCCCCACCCCCAGCCACCCAAGGGCAGAUGGAGGAUGGUAUCUGUAAGUUGCUGGGUCUGAGAACAGCCUUGCUGACCGCUCAGGCCAACCCGAGAGCCCAGGUUAGAGCAUCUUGAGAGAGGGCCCAGGUGAGGGAGGGCCUGAAGACGACAGGAGAGUAGAUGGCCCGUUGGGGAAGGCCAGGGCGGUGGGGGGGGGGGUGUUGUGGGCAGGCAAAUACACUGCCCCUCCCCCACAGGGCUGUGCUGGCAUUUCCCCGGGGUGGGCUGAGGGAGUAAGAUGCAGGGUGUGUGAUAUGAGCAGGGCAAGGAGCAGUGGGGUAGGGGGUGACUUGGGAGACCCAAGGAGGGGGGUGGGCAUGGCAGAGCCACCCCCCCAGGCUCAGGCCUCCUCCCCCCCAAGCCACCCCAGGGCUGUACAUAACUCCUCCAUCCCCUUGACCGCCUGUCUCCCAUCUAGCGCCCACCUCUUAGGCCCACCCCCUCGGGAUCCGAGCCAACCAGCCCACAUCACAAACUUUGGUUUGGGGAACUUCUUUACAUUCGUUUUUUUUUUUUCUUUUUUUUUUUUUUUUCCCAUUUUGUACAGAGAAAUAUUCUUUUCAAAAGCGUCUUUUGACUGAAGUAACUUUUCUGGUGCUGUUGUUAACUUGUUCCUUUUUUUUAAUUUAUUUUCCCACCCGGGUCUCUGCUCCUGGUUCCUACUCACCCUUUCUUCCCUUCCCACCACACCCCUCCCCCAUCCCAUCUGGGCCAUUUUGUUUCUUUUCUGUCCGUUUUUGGAUAAAUUUUCCUCUCCUCCCUGCCCCCUCACCCCCCCCUUGAUUUAAAUAGUCACUGCUACAAGUAACAAAUGCACUGUGAAGAUUCCAGUAUUAAUAAAGUUGUACUGUAAUUAA